AUGCGACCUCUUCUUUACCUUCUAGUUGGAUUAAUUAUGUUACCGAGCGUGGCCGCUCUCGCCGCCACCACCUCUCGGUAUGCGAACACCUGUGCCCUGAGUCCUCUGGGCCCGGGUCGGGACGAUACGGAUCAGGUCGUUUCCGCCAUCGAGAGAUGCGGGCAUGGAGGGUUGACUGUGUUUGAGGAGGGCGAGUAUAACAUCACAAGGAGAAUGUUAUGGAACCUCACGUCUUCACGCGUCGAGCUGCACGGAUACCUGAGCUUCCAGCCGGACUACGAGUAUUGGCUGCAGAACAGCAGCACCUACCGCGUUGUCUACAUCCAGUCUCAGGCAUCCUGGUUCGUUGUCACCGGAUCAGACUUCGAGAUAGACGCGUACAACACCGGCGGGAUAAACGGAAACGGACAGCCUUGGUGGGAAUACUACACCACCGUCCCAAGACUCGGCGGCGACGGACGGCCGCUCGCGCUCACGGUCUACCAGGCGGCCCGCGGCACGAUUUCCAACUUCCGCAUCGAGGCGCCGCCGUUCUGGUGCAACUGCAUUGCGGAGUCUAGCGACAUCGUGUACGAUGGUAUGUUGUGCAAUGCGACGAAUACGAACCCAGAGUUUUAUGGCCAAAACAUCGUUCCAAACACUGAUGGGAUCGAUACCUACAGGGUCGAUAACCUGACACUACGGAAUUGGGAUAUUACUAGCGGUGAUGACUGUAUUGCCGUGAAGGGCAACACGACGAACAUGCUGGCUAGCAAUGUUACGUGCCGCGGCGGCAAUGGUCUCGCCUUUGGCUCUCUGGGGCAAUACAUUGAUCUGCCAGAUUAUGUGGAGAACGUGACAAUGGAAAACCUCCAUGUUUUGCGAAUCAAUCCUGAGAUCGAGCCCAAUAUGAUGUACGGGGUCUACCUAAAAUCUUGGAGCGGAACUGUCAACGGAACACCGCCUGAUUAUGGAGGCGGAGGCACAGGUUCCGUUAAGAAUGUGGUUAUCCGCAAUGCUUUGCUGGAUAACGUCACUACACCCGUUGCGCUGUACCAAACGAGUAAGGCAUACCCCGGUGAUGCACCGUCAAAGUAUCAGUUCGGGAACCUCACGUUCUCGAACUUCACAGGGACCUACCAACAGAACCCGCUCGUCGAUAUUGCAUGCAGCCCCGCUGCGCCCUGUCCGGAUCUCACCUUCGAGAACAUUAACGUGACACUGCUGUCAGGCGGAACACCAGUCUACCAAUGCGAAAAUAUUUUGGGCCAUACAGGUCUCCCUGGUAGGUUUAAUAAUCGGGUGCCAUGCCUUUCGCUAUGUUUCUGA